AUGCCCGACUGGAUCCUCAGCUUAUCCACUGUGCGUGAGGACUGGAGCUCGCUGAUCCAAACUCUCGAAGGCCAUAGUAGCUGGGUCAAUGACGUUGUUUUCUCGGUCAAAGGAGACCUUGUUGCAUCUGCAUCAAACGAUCAUACGAUUCGUCUAUGGGAUGUUGUCACAGGCUCAACUCAAGCGUCGCUGGAAGGCCACACUGAUUUGGUGAAGGCUGUUGCGUACUCUCCUAAUGGUCAUCUCCUGGCAUCUGCCUCCAAUGACUGCACCAUACGAUUGUGGGAUCCAAAUACAGGAGGAUCCUGUGGUAUGCUGCCUGGGCAUACCAGCCCAAUCAAUUCCAUCGCCUUUUCACCAGAUGGAGUGCAUUUGGCCUCUGUGUCUAAUGAUCGUUCCGCGCGGAUAUGGAACACCGCAACAAUGUCACUACGGCAUGUUCUCGAGGGCCAUAAAAAUUGGGUAAGCGAUGUUAGCUACUCACGAGACGGUUGCCUGCUUGCAACGGCAUCCGGUGAUGGGACAGUUCGAUUGUGGGACGCCGAAUCCGGGAAUCUCAAUUCCAGAUUAAGAGGAGGCAUGGGCUGGCUAAAUUCAGUUUCACUUUCCCAUGACAACCUAUUAGCUGCUGGUUCUUCAAACGGACUUCUCUACCUCUGGGAUAUCUCCAAGGGAGCCUUGUGUGCUACUCUCGAUGGCCACUCUAGUAGCAUCAACAAAGUUACAUUCUCGCUCGACGGACGCCUCUUGGCUUCUGCAUCCAACGACCGCACAGUAAGGUUAUGGCAGACCUCGCAACCUCGUGCGGUCGCCACGCUGGAAGGUCACAUAGCGGCUGUGAGUGCAGUUGCAUUUUCGCCAAAUGAGAAUCUGGUUGCCUCUGCAUCGGUAGAUGGCACGGUCCGGCUUUGGGAUACUGUGAAAACAUCGUCAUUCAGAAGCCUAGAACGACAUAUGGCCUCUAUCAAUGCGGUGGCCGUAUCGCCAGAUGGCCGGUUGACAGCUUCUAUAUCCAAUGACAACACUGUCCGAUUAUGGGACAUACUGACAGGUGCACCACGUGCUGUAAUAAACCGGGGGCCUGGUCACAAGAGCCCUGGUUCUGCUUGGUCAUCCAACGUUGCGUUCUCAUCGAACGGCCAGGCGCUGGUGGGAACCUGGGAUGAUCCUACGAUCUGUCUGUGGGCGGCCUCCCGUGAGGGCAUCGAGAAAUGCUCCUACCACGGUUACUAUGCGGGAAAUGUAUUUCCUGUUGACCACAUUACCUUCUCUCCAGAUAAUCGACUCAUAGCAUCACUUUCCUCUGAUGGAAUUGUGCGAAUAUGGGAUGUUGCGUCGGGAUGGACACGCACAACGUUUCAAGGUCACCAGGAAGCUGUCAGCGAUCUUAGUUUCUCACCAUGCAGCCAGUAUGUGGCAUCUGCAUCUAAAGAUGGUUCCAUUUGUCUCUGGGAAGCAAUGACUGGGGUUUUAAUUGACACUCUCAUCGGCCAUCUAGCGAGUGUGAACGCGGUUGCAUUUUCCUCGGAUGGUCAGCAUAUCGUAUCUGGCUCCAUCGAUACCACAGUGCGAAUAUGGAACGUGGCCACGACGCAGGUCCAGAUCAUCUUGAGAGGCCAUACCAAAUCGGUCGAUAAGACUGGUCUCUUCGAUCUCAACGGGUGGUAG